CACGUAAAGAGGUAGAGAGCGAGGGAGAGACAAGUUCUACCCAAGGGGAUCAUACUUGGAUUCAAUUCAAGACCAAACAAGAGUUUUCCCAAUGGCAUCAAGAGGUGAAGCAGUAGUAUGGGGAGGAAAACAGCAGAAGAAGAAGAAGGGUAUAGCGGUUGGAAGGAACCGCAAGAUAUUAGGUGAUAUUGGGAAUUUAGUCAACCGCCCCAUCACAAGGAGUUUUUCUGCUCAAAUUCUUGCCAAAGUACAAGCAGCAGCCAAGAAUAACAAGAAACAGGCUUCUGUCAAGGUAAAACCAAAGGCUGAGGAAGUGAUUGACAUUGAAGCUGGUCCAGACAAGGAGGUCCAGAAAAACAAGAACAAGGAAUCACGCGCUUCUACUUCAGUUCUCACAGCUCGAAGCAACGCAGCAUGUGACAUAACAAACAAACCAAGGGAGCAGAUUAUUGACAUUGACGCUUCUGAUUCUGACAAUGAGCUUGCUGCUGUGGAGUAUAUUGAUGACAUUUGCAAGUUCUAUAAGCUAGUUGAGAACGAGAACCACCCUCAUGACUACAUAGACUCACAACCUGAGAUAGAUCAGAGGUCGAGAGCUAUUCUAGUUAAUUGGCUGAUAGAUGUCCACACCAACCUUGACCUUUCACUUGAGACCAUUUACCUGACCAUCAACAUAAUUGAUCGGUUCCUAGCUGUUAAGACAGUUCCAAGGUUGGAAAUGCAAUUGGUUGGCAUCAGUGCCAUGCUGAUGGCAUCCAAAUAUGAAGAAAUUUGGACUCUUGAGGUUGAUGAAUUAGUCCGCCUCACAGAUUAUACUCAUGAACAGGUUCUGGUCAUGGAGAAAACCAUAUUGAAUAAGCUGGAAUGGAAUUUGACUGUGCCAACAACUUUUGUUUUCCUGGUUCGUUUCAUCAAGGCAUCAGUCCCAGAUCAGGAGUUAGAAAACAUGGCACAUUUUCUGUCUGAGUUGGGAAUGAUGCACUAUGCCACCUUAAAGUACUUCCCAUCAAUGGUUGCUGCCUCAGCAGUGUUUGCAGCUAGAUGCACUCUGAAUAAGGCUCCCCUUUGGACUGAGACACUUAAGCUGCACACUGGUUAUUCACAAGGACAACUUAUGGAUUGUGCUAGAUUAUUGGUGAGCUUCCACUCCAUGGCUGGGAAUGGAGAGGAGAAGGUUGUGUACAUAAAGUAUUCUGAUCCUGAGAAAGGAGCUGUUGCUAUGCUUCCACCAGCUAAAAAUCUUAUGCCUGAAGGUUCUGACUCUCAGUAGAGUUUAAUGAAACAAAGGGAGAAGCAGGGAUAGAGUAUUAUGCCAUAGACCAUAAUCAUUUGUCUUUGUUUUCCAUAAUUUGUUCAUAAGCCGUAGACCAUAGUUUACAAAUCUAAUUUAUAAAAGUUUCAAGUUUUCCACUUA